AGACGCACUGCUUGCAUUCCGGCGCAUCCCAAAGCAUCAGUACAAUUCGUAUCUUCGUGAACUGUGGACGUCAUGGAUAAGGUAACGAUUCCGAACUUUCAUCUCUACAAUGGCAACGAGAUUCCGGCGCUUGGGUUCGGCACGUGGCUGGGCCUUGAUGAAAGGUUAGAAUUCAAAGUCUGGGACGCGCCUAAACUGAUCGAUGCCAUGAUGUACGCCAUAGACAUAGGCUACCGACAUUUUGACACUGCGCACCUUUAUAGAAUGGAACCGGAAGUCGGCUUUGUUAUAAAUAAAAAGAUAAGAGAAGGUGUUGUGCAAAGAGAUGAUAUUUUUGUGACUACCAAGGUAUGGCAACACAAUCACAGAACAGAUGACGCCUAUGCCUCUGUCAAAGCGUCUUUAGGAAGAUUAGGCCUAGAUUAUAUAGACUUAGUCCUUAUACAUUGGCCUAUAUCUAUUGAUACAAGUGGCAUGGAUGAGAGAAUAGACUACCUUGAGACGUAUCGGGGCCUGGAGAAUGCCCUGAAAAAUGGUUUAGUGAAAUCCAUCGGUGUUUCCAACUUUAACUUGAGGCAGUUGGAACGUUUGCUUGCUCACUGUGAAAUCAAACCAGCGGUUAAUCAGAUACAGGUAACGAUUAACCUACUUGAAAAAGAGCUGGUGUCGUUUUGCAAAUCUCAAGAUAUACAGGUUGUAUCGUACUCCUCGUUUGGAUCUUUGACGCGAUCAUAUGCCAUCGACGCUCCACCACCAAAAUCGGAUGACCCAUGUUUAGACGAACUGGCACGGAAGUAUAAUAAGACCGUCACACAGCUUGUAUUGAGAUUUUUGUACCAGAGGGGUAUAGUGACGAUCCCAAAGUCACUGACACCGAACCGGAUACUGGAGAACGCGUCAAUUUUUGACUUUGACAUUGAAAGCAGCGAUGUUGCCAUUUUAGAAAAAUUCGAUUGCGGUUACCGAUCGGAUGUGCCUAUAUUCUGGCAAAAGUACGCGAAUUAUCCCUUCGAGAAGCAGGAAACGGAGUUCCUGGGUGACGUGCCCGAAUCACUUCUUGUAUGGAAAAAUGGCGCCAAUCUUGAUGUUGACUAAGGCGCCGCUAGAUGGCGGUUUUAUAAAUAGUUCGAUUUAAAUGUUUAAUAUAAUCUAAUCUCUUAAUGUCUAAUGCUUUAGAAAAUAAAAGUACUCUGUCUAUUA